AUGUCUGGUGAGAUUAUUUGGAUUCUCGACAAACGUGACGUUCAUGACAACAUUCGCAAAAAUGAUCCGAAAUCAAAAUGCCGAAAUGGUGGCAUCUAUGCGGGAGGACAAUGCCACUGUAUUCAUCCACACACUGGGAAAACUUGCGAGGAGUUUGCCUGCGGUAUCGAGGAAUACCCUUUUGCUUUAACCCCAUGCUUUUAUGGAGAACUUUUAGUUCAUGGAAUAUCUGUGGGGAGGAGAUACGAUCCACUCAGUCUCAUAUUUAGUAAACCAUGCAUUUGCGAUGAAGGCUGGAAGGGAGACCUAUGCGAGUAUCACUUGACUGACAGGUGCGGAAAUAGAGGUGAGUGGAAAGACAACAAGUGUGAAUGUAUAGGUUCCUUCUUUGGUGAUGAAUGUCAGUUUACCAGUAGGUGUGACAAUGGAAUCAUCAAGCAUGGAAGGUGCAUCUGCAAUAAACACUUUGAAGGGGACUACUGUGAGAGAAUUAUUUGCUAUCAUGGCUAUCCAAAUAUAAAGAACAUGUCGAUGUCGUGUAUAUGCCCAGCGAAGUACAAAGGUUUGCAUUGUGACCAAUGCUCGCAGAUUAAGUACCGAUUUGUCAUUAUGACAGGAGCAGUAACAUUUCUUGUGAUUAUUGCCGUUUCGAUGUGUGCAUUCCACAUAUGGCAUCAGAGAAGGAAAAAUCCUGAGGAAGAAGCAGUGAGGAUGCAGGCCUUGUCUGAAAGGACUCAGAUGUUAGCCGAUGCCGCUUUACAUCCGCAUGAAGCGUAA